CCCCUCCCCCAUCUGCCGUCCUCCAGCGCUGGGAUGCUGCCGCUGCUGCCGCCGCUGCCAUCACCGCGAGAUGCGCGUCAAACGGGCAUCAUCAUCAGCAUGUAGACCCCACAUCUCUCCUUCACCCAUCACUCUGUCUAACAGCGCCAAAAAUAACAGCAACGAUGUGACCAAAACGACCCUCCUUUACGUCCCCGACAGCACAACACGCCGUUUUCAACCGAUUAAUUAAUGCGGACAUGGUACAAUCUCAUCUGCAUCAUUCAGGUUUCCGUCCGCAGAAGAUGAAGUGCUCACCGCCGUCUGCUGCCUCCUGCUCCCGUCAUUUGAUUCCUAUUCUGCACCGAUGCGCAUUUGGAAAAGCGUAAAGGUCAAAUGAUGUGACUUUCAUUAUUUUUAUCUACAUGAUGGGCAUGAUUUGAGGAUAAAUCACUGGAUAUCAUUGCGAUUUUUUGCUGCCUUUUUUUUCCGACUCCACGUCAAAUGUCCUUGGAACAUGGCCUGCGCGGUUCUUUACAGACUUUAUUCCUGUGUCAAUAGAUCCCCUUUAUUUUGUAAUAAUCAGUAACAUCAUUUGAUCUUCAUAGAGAUGGAUUGGGACAAUGGCUACCAAUUUAUUUGUUGACUUUUUCUUUAUGGGGGGAUAUUUCAAGGGAACCCCAGCCACCACACCAUAGAACAGAAAAACCCAAACAAAUAAUGUCUCAUAAUGGAGAACUACACAGAGAACAUCUUACAAAUAGGUAAGAAGGAAUACAAAUAGGACAAAAGAAAACAUAUUUUCCCAUAUAAAAACCUCUUAGCUCAUAGCGUCUGCUAAAAAAAGCUACCAGUCUUCCACCACCAACACAGCAUCAUGGGGGAUCUGGGCAAUAGCACAGUAGAGUUCCACCCUAAAAAGCCAGGAAUGGACCAGGGAGGCCAAGAGGGGGAUUUUGGGGUGUCGGUGGAUGAGUUGUGCUCACUGAUGGAGCUCAGAGGACCCGAGGCCCUGCAGAAGAUCCAGGAGAACUACACUAAUACAGAAACCCUUUGUCACAGACUCAAGACUUCACCUGCAGAUGGGCUAUCGGACAAUCCUGCGGACCUGGAGAAACGUCGACAGGUUUUUGGAAUGAACUUCAUCCCUCCUAAGAAGCCCAAGACCUUCCUUGAGCUCGUGUGGGAGGCUCUACAGGAUAUUACCCUCAUAAUCCUGGAAAUAGCGGCCAUUAUUUCCCUCGGACUGUCCUUUUACCAGCCGCCAGGAGGGGACAGUGAAGCAUGUGGUGAAGUGAGUAAAGGUGCGGAGGACGAGGGAGAGGCGAAUGCCAACUGGAUCGAGGGUGCAGCUAUCCUGCUAUCGGUGCUCUGCGUGGUGCUGGUGACCGCCUUCAAUGACUGGAGCAAAGAAAAGCAGUUUCGUGGCUUGCAGUGCCGCAUAGAACAGGAGCAACGCUUCGCUGUGGUGCGCAACAGCACAGUCAUUCAAAUCCCCGUGGCUGAGAUGGUGGUGGGGGAUAUUGCCCAGGUCAAAUAUGGCGACCUCCUGCCUGCGGAUGGUGUUCUCAUUCAAGGGAACGACCUGAAGAUCGAUGAGAGCUCCCUCACUGGAGAGUCUGAUCACGUACGCAAAUCCAUUGACAAGGAUCCCAUGCUGCUGUCAGGCACUCAUGUAAUGGAGGGUUCAGGGAAAAUGUUGGUUACUGCAGUUGGCGUCAACUCUCAGACGGGAAUCAUUUUCACCCUACUGGGGGCUGGAGAAAUGGAGGAGGAGAAGAAAGACUGCAAGAAAGGAAAACAAGAUGGGACCCUGGAGAACAACCAAAAUAAAGCUAAGAAACAGGAUGAGGCUGUUGCCAUGGAGAUGCAGCCUCUGAAGAGUGCAGAAGGUGGUGAAGUGGAGGAGAAAGAGAAGAAAAAAGCCAGUGUGCCCAAGAAAGAGAAAUCCGUUCUUCAGGGCAAACUCACCAAGCUGGCAGUGCAAAUUGGGAAAGCAGGUCUGGUGAUGUCAGCCAUCACUGUGAUUAUCCUGAUGCUGUACUUUGUGAUUAAAACAUUCAUUGUUCAUCAACAACCAUGGCUGACAGAGUGCACACCUAUCUAUGUGCAGUAUUUUGUCAAGUUUUUCAUCAUCGGAGUUACAGUUCUGGUAGUGGCAGUGCCUGAGGGUCUGCCACUGGCUGUCACCAUAUCACUGGCCUACUCCGUGAAAAAAAUGAUGAAGGAUAAUAACCUUGUGCGUCAUUUGGAUGCCUGUGAGACUAUGGGCAAUGCCACGGCUAUUUGCUCUGAUAAAACAGGGACCCUCACCACUAACCGGAUGACAGUAGUGCAGAUUUAUAUAGGGGACCAGCACUUCCGGGACAUCCCAACGCCAGACCAGAUUAACCCAAGAACUAUGGAGCUCAUCAGUAGCGCUAUUGCUGUGAACUGCGCCUACACCUCCAAAAUAAUGCCUGCUGAUAAGGAAGGUGGGCUGCCCAAACAGGUGGGAAAUAAGACAGAGUGUGCUCUGCUAGGACUCGUCAUGGACCUGAAGCAGGACUACCAAGCUGUGAGAGAGCAGAUCCCAGAGGAGAUACUCUAUAAAGUCUACACCUUUAAUUCUGUCCGAAAAUCCAUGAGCACUGUCAUUCAGAUGCCUGAUGGAAGCUUCCGCUUGUACAGCAAAGGAGCCUCUGAGAUCCUGCUCAAAAAGUGCUCGUCCGUUUUAUCACGUGACGGUGAGGCUCGUGCUUUUAGGCCACGAGACAAAGAUGAAAUGGUGAAGAAAGUGAUUGAGCCGAUGGCAUGUGAUGGCCUUCGUACCAUUUGCAUUGCUUACCGGGAGCUGCCAGCUGACCCCUUGCCAGACUGGGACAACGAGACCGACAUCGUCUCCAAUCUUACCUGCAUCACUGUGGUCGGCAUUGAAGACCCUGUUCGACCAGAGGUCCCAGAUGCCAUCAGAAAGUGCCAGCGAGCAGGCAUCACUGUGCGUAUGGUGACUGGUGACAAUAUAAACACUGCACGUGCCAUUGCUGCCAAGUGUGGGAUCAUCCAUCCUGGCGACGACUUCCUGUGUAUGGAAGGGAAGGACUUCAAUAGGCGCAUUAGGAAUGAGAAGGGAGAGAUUGAGCAAGAGCGCAUUGACAAAAUUUGGCCCAAGCUCAGAGUUCUUGCUCGCUCCUCCCCGACUGACAAACACACUCUAGUUAAAGGUAUUAUAGACAGCACUGUUGUGGAACAAAGGCAGGUGGUUGCAGUCACUGGUGACGGCACAAAUGAUGGACCUGCCCUGAAGAAAGCUGAUGUGGGGUUUGCAAUGGGUAUUGCUGGUACAGAUGUGGCCAAGGAGGCGUCUGACAUCAUCCUGACCGAUGAUAACUUCUCCAGCAUAGUGAAGGCUGUGAUGUGGGGACGAAACGUGUAUGACAGCAUCUCCAAGUUUCUGCAGUUCCAGCUCACAGUGAAUGUGGUGGCUGUUAUAGUAGCCUUCACCGGCGCCUGCAUCACACAGGAUUCACCCCUGAAAGCCGUGCAGAUGCUUUGGGUCAAUCUGAUUAUGGACACAUUUGCUUCUCUUGCUCUUGCCACGGAGCCGCCGACGGAAGCUCUGCUUCUGAGGAAGCCUUACGGCCGAAACAACCCUCUCAUCUCCAGAACUAUGAUGAAGAACAUCCUGGGACAUGCCGUCUACCAGCUCAUCAUCAUCUUCACCUUGCUCUUCGUCGGUGAGAGGAUCUUUGACAUUGACAGCGGUCGUGAAGCUCCGCUUCACUCUCCUCCAUCUGAGCACUACACCAUCAUCUUUAACACGUUUGUCCUCAUGCAACUCUUCAACGAGAUCAAUGCCCGUAAGAUUCACGGAGAGAGGAACGUGUUCGAUGGGAUAUUCUUAAACCCCAUAUUCUGUUCGAUCGUGUUGGGGACAUUUGCAAUACAGAUUGUGAUUGUUCAGUUUGGAGGGAAGCCAUUCAGCUGUUCCCCCUUAAACGUGGAGCAGUGGCUCUGGUGUCUGUUUGUUGGAAUGGGAGAGCUGCUCUGGGGUCAGUUGAUUUCUUCAGUGCCAACACAUCAGCUGAAGUGUCUGAAAGAAGCGGGCCACGGGCCGGCUCCAGACGAGAUGCUGGAUGAGGAUCUGGCCGAGGACGAGGAGGAGAUUGAUUAUGCUGAGAGAGAGCUGAGACGAGGACAGAUCCUGUGGUUCAGAGGACUCAACCGCAUUCAGACUCAGAUGGAGGUAGUGAGUACCUUCAAGAGAAGUGGUUCGUUUCAGGGUGCAGUGAGACGCCGCUCUUCAGUGCUCAGCCAACUCCAUGACGUAACCAAUAAUUCUACUCCCUCUCACGUAGUUCUCUCCACUGCCAAUGCAACUGGUGCCCCCGGGAGUGAGUCCUUACAUUCCGUUAACGGCACCUCGUAGAGCCCGUGCACUCAGAUGCCUAGCAUAUACACCAACACACACAUGCAUUGUUGCCUGCCUUCAAACGCAACUGGUCUGCUGAAUGUUGAGUGUGUGUGAGAGAGAGAGAGCAGAUUUUAAUGGAAGCAUCUGCUUCAUCUCUCUACAUGUGCAUUUUCAGUUUGUUUUGCUUAUUUAUUUGUGGCCUUUCUAUCUUUCUUUCUUCCUUCCUUGCUACCUCAUAACUUAUUUCUUGCUCUCGCUGUUUAUUCUUGGUUAGUUCUGCCAAGAUGGAAUUUUCUUUUUCUUCUUGCCUUUGUUUGUUUGUUUGUUUGAUUCCCCCCUUCCCCCUCCACUGUUGCUUGAUUUGCCAGUAAUUCAUCCUCAAAUCAAUGUUGCCAUAAAGGGCUACCAGAAUUUCUCUCGAAAGAGCCAAAUAACAAUUGGGAAAUUGUUUCAUCUGUUAGCUAAAUCAAAAGCUGACAACAUGGGAACAACCGAAGCGAAUGUUGACUGUUGUAAACCUGCGAGUAUAAGCCCAUAAUGGUUUUGUCUGGCAUUUUCAUAGUAGGGAUAUAUUAGCAUUGAUAGUGCUAACGCUUUUCUAUCCCGUUCAGGAAAACAAAAAGCAUACUUGUGUGUUUGCUUGAACUGUUUUUGUGCACCUUGUUCAGAUUCUCCUCUUUCUCUUCACAGGUUUUACUGAAAUGUCCUGCAAAUUGUUUCUGCUUGAGUUUCUAUAUAUUAGAAAUCUGCUGCUAUGAUUUACUGUCUGUCAUUCUCACAGACAAGAGAUUUGUUUAUGAGGGUUUAAUGCACCAAAUAUAACGUCAACGUUGCCCUCCAGGUUCCAGAAGCGAUCUUUUCUGUGGUCUAAAGAAAGCAGCUGCGUCUUAGCAUUUCCAAAUCCCUUCAAAGAGACCACCGAGCAUUAGCCCAGCUGGAACCCCCUCAGUUUCAUCAUCACUUCCCCUUCAAUGUUAAUCUUCAGUUCCUUUUAUUUACAAACAUUUAACGAAAGUACGGCUUUAUAUUUUGUCCCUUAUUUUAAUCCAAUGGGUUUUUUUGUCUUGUCUUGUCUUGUCUUGUCCUGUCAGUUUUGUCCCGUUUUUCUUUUCAUGUUUGUCUUCGUUUCAUCGUCGUAUAGCAUUUUGUGCUAUGUUAGCUUAAAUCCGACAGAGAGAGAAGGGUUCAGUUAAAUGACUGCAUUAAAUAAAUAUAUUUUUCUAGUAAUAGUUUCUCCAAAGUAAAAAAAAGAAACAAACUUGCUGAUGCUGCACAAGAGGGCUGCUUCUCAAAAGCUUUUGUUAGGCCGUCAAGCCUCAACAAAAGAAAAUGUGCUGUAGAUUUAGACCUCCAUCCAUCCAUCAAACAUCUGUCUUUCACCUGCCUUCUCCUGCCGUCUGUCAUGAGGAGUCCCGAUGUGAUGUGUUUGGAGCUAUUCAAACACAAUCCCUUUUCUGUUUUUCCAUCCAGUGCCUGAAUCUCGAAAGACUUUCUGAUUUCUUUACUGGAGUUAAUUUAUAACAGGGUUUUUCCUGUUUGAUAUCAUCCCCAUCGUGAAUUCUGGGCCUUAUACUCGAAAGUUUACAAUGUCAGUGCUGUGUAUAGCUAAGAAAACGGCUUUUAAAUUAAGCAGGAACCACAAAAUGAAUGGCUCUUUGGAAAAACAAAGCCGCAGGAGCGCUGUUGUGUCCAUGUUGUGUAGUCUUUCCCUCUGUCAGUCACAUUGCUUUGUGGUCAUUCCUGAGCGUGGUUUGGCUAUGCAUGUAGAAUGUGGAGAACGGGACGAAAAAAAGAAAGAGGCUCAGAUGAAUGUGGACAUGCAUGGUCACACACACACGAACGGUUUCUUUUCAAGAAGAUGCAUUUCACCCUGGCUGCUGUAGAAUCACACGUGAUGAGAACGAGGAUGUCAGAAAAAAAAAGGAAUCUGGACCGAUUUGAUCGAUGUUUAUACAGAGCUAUUUCUAUUGAAUGUGUACUUGCAUGCCAUGCAUGAGCGGGAAGAGGAAACUUGAAUUAUUGUGCAUGGUUGCAUGGGAGAAAAGUCCCAUUUAAUGUGUGCAUAUACUUUUGAGGGCAUAGAGAGUUAAAUUUUUCAUUAUCUCCAAAAAAAAAAUUUAAAAUCAAGGCGGUCAUGAUCUUCUAAAUGUCCUCAUAUUACAGUGAGCUAAUAUAAUCCAAGACACUUUGCUUUAUUUUUUUCAUUGAUUUAUUACAAAGCUUACAGAUAUACAGUACCCUAUAAAUGUAACAGAAAACUGAUGUCAGAACAAUAAAUACUGCUUGCAGUCACUAAUGCAAUCUGUUCUUUCAAGACUUUUUUCAAGUUGAAUCUGUAUUACAGACUUUGUCAACACCAACAGUAUGUGAAUCCGCAUGUCUUUAUUUCCUGUGUGUAUUUGUGUUUGUGCAUUUUGUGCACAGCCGUGUUCUGUAAACCUCACUUUAGUUUUGUUGUAUGUGUGUACUGUGUACACUGUGUGUAUGUGUUUGUACCACAUGGUGGUGUGCCUUCACUCAUUUUUUUUCUGGUGUUUACUGUCAUUUGUUUGCAUGUGUUUGUCUGUCUAGUUUCUCUUAGAGUGUUUUCCAUGACUUUUAAAAUCACUUGGUAUUGAACUGGCAACAGUGAAAGUUGUAAUUCCGUUGCGAGCGUACACUUUUAUUUAUUUGUCUUUUUUUUUUUGCUCACUAAAUUGACGCCUUUCUGCUCAUUAAAGAAGAAAACCAAACUCCGCUAUCAUAAAAAUAAGAAUAUUUGCAAUUAAAUCAAAAGCAGACAGGGGGCUAAGGCUGCUUUGACAGACCACUUUUAUUGGAAAGACUUGUGUUUGCCGUCUUGUGUUACCUUUUCAUUGUAAUUACAACUUGGAUUUGGAUUAUUGAUUUUGGGGCGUCAUUCUAUAGAGGCCUAUAGAAUGGCUGUGGAGUUUUGUUUGUAUUUGUUUUUCAAGGCCUCCUGCACCCAAGGCCUUAAUGGAUGUGAAACUUUCAGCUCUCGCAGGUCAGCUAGCUGAAAGUGUGCCAAAACUAGUUCAAAAGGGGGACUAAACUUCUCUCCACCUCUCUGUCCCUUUUGAUCCCUCCAUUUUUCUUCCCCCUUUGACAUCUCCUACCCUGCACCCCUGAUGUAUAGAUCCGGGUGGUGAAAGCUUUCCGUAGCUCCCUGUACGACGGCAUCGAGCGGCCCGAGUCGCGCAACUCCAUUCAUGACUUCCAGGCGCACC